AGCAGUGCCACCUGUCAGUGUCCAUCAGUGCCAGCUCUCAGUGCUCAUCCAUGCCACCUGCCAGUGCCCAUCAGUGCCACAUUUCAGUGCCACAUGAAUGCCACAUAUCAUUGCCCAUCUGAGCUGCCUUUCAGUGUCACCCAUCAGUGCCAGUCAGUGCCACCUAUCAAUGCCAGUCAUCAGUGCCACCUAUCAGUGCUGCCUUUCAGUGCCUAUUAGUGAUGCCUGUCAAUGCCCAUCAGUGCCACCUAUCGCAGCCUAUCAGUGCCCAUCACUGCAGCCUCAUUAGCGCACAUCAGUGAAGGAGAAAAAUCACUUAUUUACAAAAAUUUUAUAACAAAAACUAAGAAAAAAAAUUUUUUUUUUUAAUUUUCAGUGUUUUUUGGUUU